CACACACACCACACUCGGGCUAGAAAAACCCAUAAUGCCCAAAACCCACAGCCAUCAAUCACCACCGCCUUGAUUUUUCCGAGGAAAAAAUGUCCGACGUCCCCUCCGAACUCGCACACGAAAUACUCCGGCGACUCCCCGCCGAGUCUCUCCUCCGCUUUCGUGCCGUCUGCAAGGGGUGGCGCCGCCUCAUCGACAGCCCAUCCUUCAUCAGAACCCACGCCGCCAAUCAAACCUCCUCCACCACUCUCCUCAUCAGAAACUCAAUCGGCACUCGCUUUUGUUCUCUAACCCUAGAUUCCCUAAACUUUGAAGACACCGACCAAACAAUCGACCUAACCCCGGUCAAGGCACUGUACCGCACCGGAGUGCCACGCGCCCCCGUUCUUCCGGUGGCCUCCUGCAACGGCCUGAUCCUCAAUUCCCAUUACGACAUCGACAAAACCUGGGUCAUAUGGAACCCGCUAACCCGGCAAUUCCACGAGUUGCCGGAAUUCGAGGGCCACUCGCGAUUAAUAGGUAGUGGGCUCGGCUACGAUUCGGUUUCCGACGACUACAAAGUUGUUAGGCUAGAUGAUCAUUGGGGCUGCCGUAAAACUGUACGGCGAACUAGUAUUUACGGCCUGAAAUCCGAUUCAUGGAGGGUUAUCGAGAAUUACCCUUGUGAUUGUAUCUGGCCAAAUCAAAUCGUCGGGGUUUUCCUGAACGGCGCACUCCACUGGCUAUCGCGGGACUCCGUAAUCGUGCUGGUUCUCGAAACCGGACGCUACCACAAACUUCCGUUGCCCGAACCGACCGGGAUAGCGGAGCUCUUCGAAACGCAUUUAGACGUGUUGGGCGGGUGCUUAGUUGUGAGCUACUAUUACAUGAUCACUCGAUUGGAUGGAUGGGUGAUGAAGGAUUACGGAGUCGGUGAUUCGUGGGCGAAGUUGUUUUCGUUCGGGGAACUAGCUAAUAUUGGUGCUAUGGGGAGGCUUAGGCCCGUUGCGUAUUUCAAGAACAGAGGGCACGUUUUUCUGCAGCACGACGAUGACUUUUUUUGGUUGGAUAUUGCGAAUGAUUCGGCGAAGAAAGUUAUUGUUCAUGGGCUACCGCAUAAUUUCACUUCUCAAAUUGUCCCGGGGAGUCUUUUUCGACUGGAUGAAAGUUGUGCUGCUGCCGUGAAAAUUACGGCUGGAACGAAGAGGAAGAGGAAGACGACGAUAAAGAAGAACAAGGCAGAUGCAAGGGUGGAACACUCUGUAAGAAUAACCGAUGUUUGGUCUCGUUCGGAUUCGACUCCAGAAACUAGUUGGUCCGGUAACGAUGAUUAUUACGGUGAUGAUGAGUACUUUUAA